ACCGGGUGAGUGAGGGGAAGCAAGAUGGCGGCGGUGGUGGCGGCGCUGCUGCUGAGGGGAGGCCUGCGGGCCGUGGAAGGAGGCCGGAGCGCCGUGGUGGGAUGCUGCCGGCGCCGGGCAUGGAGGCGCCGAGGACGGGCCUUCACCACGGGGACUGCGCCGCCUCCGGUUUCUCCUCCGGUGGCCGGGACCGGGCUGACCGAGGCCCUCCUGAGGCAGCAGCAGCAGUCAACUGAAGGUGGAGACAAGAAGAGCUCCGAUGAACAGAAAGAGAAGCAGAAGCAGAAGGAAAACACGGCCUAUGCAAAGAAAAUGGUGCUCAGGAUAGCGGGCCUGAUGGGAGCUGGCAGCGGGGUAGCCAUCAUCUACAUCUUCGGUAGUAAUUCAGUGGAUGAGCAUGGUGCCAAGAUCCCUGAUGAAUUUGAUAAUGACCCUGUGGUGAUUCAGCAGCUCCGGAGGUCAUACAAAUACUUCAAGGAUUACCGACAGAUGAUCAUUGAGCCCACCAGCCCCAAGCUGCUCCCAGACCCCCUGAAGGAACCCUAUUAUCAGCCCCCUUACACCUUAGUCAUCGAACUCACGGAUGUCCUCCUCCACCCAGAAUGGUCGCUUGUGACCGGCUGGCGCUUCAAGAAGAGGCCGGGCAUCGACAACCUCUUCCAGCAGUUGGCCCCUCUCUACGAGAUCGUCAUCUUCACUUCCGAGACUGGAAUGACUGCCUUCCCGCUCAUCGACAGCGUCGACCCUCACGGGUUCAUCUCCUACCGGCUUUUCCGCGACGCCACCCGCUACAUGGAUGGGCACCACGUGAAGGAUAUCUCCUGCCUGAACAGAGACCCAUCCAAGGUGGUGGUGGUGGACUGCAAGAAGGAGGCCUUCCGCCUGCAGCCCUACAACGGCAUGGCGCUGAAGAAGUGGGAUGGGAACUCAGAUGACCGGACCCUCUUCGACCUCUCUGCCUUUCUGAAGACUAUUGCCUUGAGUGGAGUGGAAGACGUCCGGUCGGUGCUGGAGAAUUACUCCUUGGAGGACGAUCCCUUGGAGGCCUUCAAACGCAGGCAGACCCAGCUGGAGCAGGAAGAGCAGCAGCGCCUUUCCGACCUCACUCAGCACAAGAAGCAGCAGCAGUUUCUGGGCUCCUUGGCAAGCCGGCUGUGGCCACGCUCCAAACAGCAGUGACGCAGGUGCCGUGAACGGGCCACCGAUAGACUUCUUGGCUGCCCCAGUCCCUCACCCGGGUGCCCUUUGGGGAAGGCAUGGACUUUGGCCCAAAGAUGGCUCAAGAAGUGGCCUCUUCUCUUCCCAUCUAGCAAUAUUCUUCCCCAGUUUUAGAUGGCUACAUGCAUCAACGAGCCUUUUCCUGGGGAAAGACUCCUCCAAAGGAGAACAUCUUGUGGCCCAUGGAGCUGCUUCUUUUGCCCAUAAUCGAGGAAGCAUGCUUCAGCAUCACAGCCCAGGAAAGGGAAAAUUGGGGGUCGGGCGGGAAUGGGGAGAGAAGUUGCUCCUAGUUAACUUCCAGGUCAGUCGUUGAUAGACGUAUCAUGUUCCGCGCAGAAGGCUGGGCCGCACGGUUCUCCUGCUGGGAUGAAUGGGAAUGAUUGUUGGGUGUGUACUCUUCAAAUAAACGGUCAUCUUUA